AUGGAUUUUAGUGAGACUAAAAUUGAAAAAAGCGAUAGUAAUUGUUAUCAAAAUAAAGUUGAUAAUGACGAAAAGCUUAAUCAUUUAAAUCAAGACAAAUUAAGUAAUAACUUGGAAGUUUAUAGCCUAGAUCCCCAAGAUGUCCAUUUUAGAAGAGGUGGGUCUACAAGAUGUAGCAUUAAGAUGAGAACAUCAUUGGUGGAUGAUCUUCACCAAUUAAUGCCAAGAGUAGUAACUUUAGAAAAAAAUGAGCAAGGACAGAUAAAAUAUAAUCUGAAAGUACCUGCUGAUGAAUUAAUCAAUUCAACUCAGUUUGAGUUUGUUAGAGAAAUUAGUUCAGGAGGCUUCGGUGUAGUAAAUCUUUGUAAAAGUAAUAAUCUAGGAAAUCUCCCAAAUGGACAAGAAAUUGCAGUAAAAUUAUUUACGAGAGGAAAUACAGGAGAUGGAAAUAGACAGCUUUCAAAUGAAAGAUUGAAAUCAAUAGAAUCAGAAUUAAAUUAUGUUCGGAUAUUUAAGCAUCCUAACAUAGUAGAAUAUUAUGGUAUUUUAAAUCCGUCUACAGGUCAAAUCGGAUUUGCAAUGGAAUAUUUGGAUGGAGGAACAGUUUUUGAAGUCUUAUAUUCUAAAAAUAAUAUUAUUCCACUUGAAAUUAGAAAAAUGUGGUGUGUUCAACUAGUCAAAGCUAUAGCUUACUUACAUGAAGGAUGUGCUCCUCAUAGAUUUAUACAUAGAGAUAUUAAAACCAUCAAUCUUUUAAUAAAUAAAAAAGAUCUUAGUAUCCGAAUAUGUGACUUUGGAAAUGUAAGGGAGAGGACUUUUUCAUAUUACAGACUAGACAACAAUGGGGGAUCAGUGAGAUAUAUUUCCCCAGAAUCACUCAGAGUUGGAUCAUUCAUCAAUGAUAAAACUGAUAUCUGGUCAAUUGGAUGUUGUAUUAUUGAGAUUUUUGGUGGAGGAAUACCUUAUUCAAAGUUUAGUGAUGAAAAUACUUUAAUUAGUAUGAUCAGAAAAGGUACUUCCCCAGAAAUACCUUCUUUCUUCCCAUCAUGUUUAAAAAAGUUGUGUUCAAAAUGUUUACAGUCUAACCCUAAUGUGAGGCCAAAUAUCCAAAAUCUUCUUAAGGAUAUUAUUAGUCUUGAUAUUGGAGUACUUAAAAAGUCAAAACUUGGAAAGCUUGAUAAAUACCCAAAGGUUUACUAA